GCGUACGCAGAUCUAUUGGCAUCGUGCGGCGCGUGACUAUUAAUAAUAAUAAAUAAACAAAUAGUCUCCUCUCACAGACAGUGUUUAAGGAUAUAUUUACCAAAACAAAAUGUAUUGUUAAAUAAAUAAUAAUUUAAUAUAAAUUAAAAUUUAAUGUUAAAUAAUUUUAAUUAAAAAUAUACUUAUAAUUAAAAGUGUUUUUUUUUAUUAUUUUUAACAUUGUUAAUUAAUUUUGAAAAUGGUGAAUAAAGUGUAUAAUGUAAGUUUGAACAAAGAGAUGAAAGGGAGCAAACACAAUCAAGUGCUGAUGUCAAUAGUGGUUUGCAUGCCAGUUCUGGCAUACGGCACGGCCAUGGGGUGGAUAUCCCCUAACAAAGCUCUCCUCAUGGGUGACUCCAGUCCAUCGACCUCGCCGCUGUCAGAAGAGGACGUGUCAUGGAUGGCCUCGAUCAUGUUCAUAUUCGCCCCCAUAGCUGUGUUUAUUUAUGGGGUCGCAGCUGACAAGUUUGGAAGGAAACAUGCACUACUGUGCGCUUCUAUACCUGUUGCUCUCGGAUGGGCGGUGAAGUUAUUGUGCGCACAUCCUAUAGCUCUUAUUGGCGCGAGGGCAUUAAUUGGUUUUGGCUCUGGAGGGGCAUUCGUUGUAUGCCCUCUGUACGUUAAGGAGAUAAGUGAAGACAGCAUCCGUGGCAUGACGGGCACUUUUAUCAUAUUUUCUCAAACAAUGGGCAACCUAUUUGUCUUUAUACUGGGCGAUUUGUUACCGUUCAACGCAGUGCUGUGGAUCCUGCUGGCUAUACCGCUGUUACAUUUCUGUAUACUGCUUCGGCUUCCCGAAACCCCCUCAUAUUUGAUCAAAUGUGGAAAAAAUGAGGAAACAGCAAAAGUCCUGGGUUGGUUGAGAUCUCUGCCAGAAGACGACAAAUCGAUCCUGGAAGAGAUGGACCGGCUUAUUUCUGAGAAGACGAGCUGCGAACCGAAGUUCUCCCCGAGACUGCUUUUCUCUGAUAAAACAGCAAGGAAAGCCUUCUGGGUGGCUAUAAUAGUGAACCUGACAAGAGAAUUCUGCGGAUGCAUCGCCGUACUGGUGUACGCGAGCCAUAUAUUUGCGGAAGCGGGCAAAAAUCACAACACCAGUAUCGCCCUAUCGCCGAACAAGCAAUCGAUUCUGCUCGCUGCGGUCCAAAUAAUGGGGUCGUUUUUGGCUUGUCAACUCGUGGACAGAGCUGGGAGGAAGCCUCUUCUAUCAGUCACGAGCAUCGUGGCAGGAUUCAGCAUGUGCUUGCUAGGAAUAUGGUUCUACCUGCAAAGCGUUCAAAUCUUCAUGCCAGGAUGGAUACCCAUUGCUGCGAUGUGCACGUGUAUAUUCGCUGACGCAUCAGGCCUUCAGCCGUUACCGUUCGUUAUUAUGACGGAAAUGUUCAAUUUUCAGCUUCGCGGUACAGUGGCAACACUCAUCAUGGCGAUCUCCUUAGGAACUGACUUCGCACUGCUCAAAUUGUUUGCACCGCUAAACAGCUGGAUCGGCUACCAUUACACUUUCUGGAUAUUCAGUUUUAUAUGUCUGGCAAAUAUCUUUUACCUAUAUUUCUACGUGCCAGAGACAAAGAUGAGGAGUUUAGAAGAUAUUUAUGCUGAUUUGGAAGGAAGAAAUAAAAAGAAAAAUAUAGAUAACGUAAUAGAAACCAAUCAUGUUUGAAUUUGGUUAAAUUAGGGACAUUUAGAAAUAAAUUUGUACAAAAGUUCAUUUUACCAUUCCGAAUAUAAAAUUAUAUUAGGAAUAUAGUAAAAUAUAUUAAUACUCUAUGCAUGAUGCUAAUCCUGAAAUAAAACUUACGGAUUUAAUAAAAUAUUUUAACCACCAUUAAUAUGAAUUACAAUUUAUACCAGAGGUAGACUUUGUACAAAAAACUUUGUCGUUCGCUCGGGCACCUCUGUCCUAUUCGUGUUUCUACUGUGAAGCAGUUGUGUUGCAUGGCUGUGUUUCAGUUCGAAGAGUGGGAUAUGGCAGUGAAUUUACGGGGUACAGAGGAAUAACACGUGAGUCCUCAGGAAUGACAACGCAUGUAGGGUAUCAUGGGCGAAACAGCAUACUCUGUUAUGUCUAUGGUACUGUUCAUAUCUAUAGGUGACGGUUACCGCUUUCCAUCAGGUGGGCUGUCAGCUUGUUUGCCAUUCUAAGUUGAAUAAAAAAAAUAUUAAAACGAUAUGGACUACAAAAAUCUCAUUCAAUACGGUUUUAUUACAGCAAAAACAGCUGAAAUAUCAGCUGUCACUUGUUUCACUGGCGCAGAAUAAUGCCUAUACAAUUUUGUAACGCCAAAUGAAUGAAAUAAGAAUAUAUACAUAAUAAGUAGGAAAUUUUAGGUUAUCAAAUUGAAGAUAUGUACCGACAAAUAAUUAUUUCACAAUUUUGGUACCAUUUCUUUUUUAUAAUACUAGAUACUUUAUAAGACCACAUGAUGUACAUACUCGAUAAAAAUUUUACGUACAAAAACUUCAUUGUCCAAACUUCGAUCAUUAAUCAUCACAAAAUUUUUUGUUUAUGGUAGUUCGUUUUUCGCCACGAACUGUAUCUAAGUAAAAUUAUAAUAUCGAUGUUUAUAAGUACAGUUAAAUCUAAAAAUAGAUUUUAUAUUAAAUGGAUAUUUAUUUAAAUCUAGUCAAAAAAAAAAACAAGUAAAAUCCCAGGCCUUCCUUUGCAUUUGUUAUGACAAAUGAGAUAUAUGUGACAGAAGGUAUAAAAUUAAUUAAUCUAAAAUCAAUUUCUUUAAAAAAAUCCUAUUUAAAGACUAUGCUAAUUGAAAGAGGCUACAUUAAAUGUACAGAGGGGAGGGAAAGGGAGUUUGUACGUUUGUCUAUACACAGUAAUGUUCAUACAUAGAGUAUAUAGAUAGAAUGUCUCCACAGAAAUGAUUCGAGAAAAAUGGGUCUACUUUUUCAUACGCAUUUUACAUUGUUUUCAACAUUUUACGUGAUAAACAGUUGAGUUUUUUCUUUAUAACUUCUAUGUUUAUUUUGUUUUAUAUUUUGCAUCUUUUUAAUGCGUAAAAACUCGUUUUAUUUAUUGAGUAAUUAAAUAUAGAUACGUCAAGAUAAAUUGUGUAAGCAAGUAUAUAGAACACUAAUAAAAAAAGUCAGCUAAUUUGACAAUUAGCUGACACAAAAUUAACGGGUUUUUGAGGCUCUAUCUAUAUAAUCUAAGUAUUUAUAGUACUUAACAAGUACUGAACCAUAUUUAUCGGAAAUCUAAUAUUUAUAAUUCAUAGUUACUGUGUCAUAUUUUUUAGUACCACGUAGAUAGUGUCAUUAAAAACUGUGCCAUCUACUGUGGUAACUCCUUAUGAAUUGUUUAAAGCAAGAAAUUAAACAAUCUUAAAUAUAGGUAGCAUUUAGUUUUUAUUUAUAUGUGUGUCAGAAUUUUGUAAAUAUAUAGAUUAAGAAAUAAAACAAAAUGUAAUAGUUUUAGAAGAUUUACUUAGUACAAUAAAUAACCAGCUGUUUACAAAAGCGUCAUA